AUGGUGGACACAAGGAGGAAAACGGUGCACUCGAAGCCGCCUGUGUCACCAGACAUGUACAGGAGUUUGUACAAAAGAGACUACCCGUGGUGCAAGCAGUACAAGCCACCCAACAAGGAGGACAUGCAGAAGCUGCAGAUUGCAGACUCCCAGCUAAAAGCCAAGGAGUUUGCCGUACCCUGCGAGGAGCGGGCGAUGAUCUACAGCGACAGCGUUGUCAGGGAGAGGAGACAAGUCAUCCCAGCACCAAGCAGGAAAGCCAGCAGUCGUGCUAGUGAUGCAGGAGGGAGGCAGGCAGAAGGCAGUGCCUCCAGCCUUAAAGCCUUGCAGCAGAGAAAGCACUUUACUUCGGCCCUUCCUAGUGCAGAAAGCUACCUGCCAAAGUACUACUCUGCCACCAAACCGGCAGCAACCCAGGCAGAGAAAUUGGAGAGGCUGCAGGCUCUUGCUGAGCGGGAGAACGAGCUGUCUUAUUGCCAGCGUCUUCCAGCUGCUGCUCAGACUACUGGAACAGCAGGGAUGUUCCUGCGCAGGCAGAAGCUGGCCCCAGGCUGGGUCACCUACCAACAGUUCACCCAGGAGAUGUACCAGACAAGGCAACAUGACGCUCAGCAAAACAGGAACAUGGUCCUGGGCUCAUCUGUUUUCGUGGAAGAGUGCUUUGACUUUGACUGGAGAAGUACCUACAAAACAGAUUUUCAGCGCUGGCCAGGAGCCUGUGGUGGAUACUGUAGAGCAAAUAAGAGCCUUUCUCACAUUUUCCCUGAAGAUGAGCACUUAAACCAGAACCGCUGGGUAUCUGAGUACAAGGACAGCUACAGCAUUUCCUUGCAGAGGCUGAACUGGUCAUCUCAAAUCCCUGCUGUGGGGCUGCACUCUGGGCUGUCCCCUCGGAAAAGGACUGCGAUGGACACAGCCCACUGAGUGGUGCUACAGGUGGCCGUGGAUGCGUUACCUAUGCUGUUCUGUGAUUACAGCUCCUUGGCCCUCCAAGCUGUCUGUGUGAUACUGUCCAUCAGAGACCCUGAAAGCCUGGAAACCUCGUCUCUUCCAAAUCCAAUGUGAAAUGUUUGGCAGAGGCCUUUUUAAACAUGUAUAAUUGUUACAAUCUCCCAAGAACCUUUUGGGCUUUUAUCAUUGUCAGAAAGAGGCUUUUUUUGGGAUAGUACAGGCUACAGAGCUAAUAUCACUUAGGUAGUUUCAAGUUAUGUACUUUAAAGA